UUUUCCAUUCUCAAUUAUAUUGGUAACAUUGCUAUAGAAAGAUGGUUGACGGUGGUACACUUUUCUGACAAAAUUGGAAAACUUUAUCUUUUUGUUAUACUCGCUGUUUUAAAGAUAGUUUUUCAUCGUCAUAUGUAACUGCGGUUACAUUGAGACGUGACAAUGGUUAAGAAAAAGAGACAAAGCGAUCCUGGAGAGAAUGGCGACGAAUCUACGGAAUCUUGCGAUGAAAACGUCAAAUCCGCAUGUCCUCAUGUUGCUAAAGCCGUUGACCUGACCCAGCUAAAGAAGGCGCUUAAAACUGGUGGUUUCCAAAAGGACUGCUCUGAGUGCAAGAAAUCGCCUAAAAUUGAGGUUCCUGACCCCGACUAUGAGGAAGAUCUUUCUUUGUGGAUGUGCUUGCGCUGUGGUUCGCAGUUGUGUGGUCGAACGCGCAAUAAGCACGCAUUGAAUCACUUCCAGACCCCGCGCUCUGACUGCCAUGCACUCACAGCCAAUACCACAACCUGGGACAUCUACUGUUACAACUGCAAUAAUGAAGUUACAGCCUCUAGUGCUAAGAAGCUGCAUGAAUGUGUUGAAUACCUAAAGAAACAGGCUAUUGGAGGUGGAAAUACUAAAUCACUCCCUCCAAUAGAACUGCCCUAUAUUCAGGACUCUAAAACUGACAUAGCAACUGUAGAAACCAUAAUUAAAAUUGACCCAUUAUCAAAAGGAAAAGACAAAGCCAUGUUUAAUGGGUUACCGAGGGUCCGAGGACUUACUAACUUAGGAAACACAUGCUUUUUUAAUUCAGUCAUGCAAUGUUUGGUACAAACACCAUACUUAUUGCAAGUUCUACAGGAGAUGGCUAAUCCAGGGGAGAGGUUUACAUUGCCUGGUGGAAAGUUGAAGUUGAAACCUGAUGGUGAUGAUGGCAAGGAGGUGGAGCUGCCUCCAAUAACAGGCCAGCUGGCUGAGUGGGGAUCUUUAACUCGAACAUUAGCUGAGACUCUGAGUGAACUACAGGCAGGAGAAGGUGGUGUGUACACGCCUAGGAAGCUCCUGUCUGCGCUGGUGAACAAGCUGCCGCAGUUUGGUGGAGGCGACCAGCAUGAUGCCCAUGAGCUGCUCAGGCAUCUCCUAGAGGCUGUCAGGUCAGAGGACCUUCGUCGUUAUCAGUCAGUGAUACUGAGCAGCCUUGGUAUGAACUCCAAGGUCGACCCAGCGAAGGUCGACGGCGAGGUCAAACAGAAGGUCAAAUUCUACGGACAACAAGCAUCUGACACUAUGCUGAGACCAGAACAGGUAAUCAAGGUGUUCCGUGGCUUCCUAGUAUCGACCUUGGAAUGUCAAGAAUGUCUUCAUCAGUCAGACAGGGCGGAAUACUUCCUUGACCUGUCACUACCAGUUGCUGCCAGUCGUCCACAGCCCCCAGCAGUUGUCCGCAGGAAAACACCAAAUGAAGAGAAUGUUUACAAUGCACAAGAGGAGAAACCUUCCAAACAUCAGCUGAAGAAGGAGCGGAUAGCUGCGCGCAAAGCUGCCAGGAAGAACAAAGGUAACUCAACGUCCAAAGACGAGCCGUCCGGAGACACUAACGGCACUGCCAAAGCGGACGGUAAGUCAUCGUCGGAGCAAUCUGAUGCCGACGUGGAGGACAACCUGGAGGACAUGCCCCGCCAGCCCGACACCCACACCGUGUCGGUGGGCACGCAGGCCAUCGCCCACACCGCCGCCAACUUCGCCGCCUACCACAUGGAGUCAGGGUACAACUCCGAGAAGGUGAUCAGCUCCGACUCCAUCCGCACCAGUCCUGUCGACAUGGACAAGGAGAAGGCAGACAACACCCCCGAGCAUGCCGACAAGGACAAGGUCGAGUUCGCCGACCACUCCACCUCGACCACUGCGAUCCCUCUCGAAUACAAACCUCUAAUGUCACUGGAGAACCUCUCCAACCCCGACUCCGGCGUCGCCAGCCCGGAGGCUACGAAACACAACUCUACAGAAACUGUUGACAACGUCGACUCUCCCACUAACGGCAAAGAGCUCGGCAGUCAUAGUUCGCUCUCCAGCGAAAUUAACCUGGACCUGUCAAGUCCGCAACACAACAAACUGUCCCCUGUGAAAACAGAAUUCGAGAGGCCAGUGUCACGAAUAUCAUUUGUGCCCGAGUACUCCAACGAGGUCGUGUCCCGCGGCAUCAGUGUGCAGGGAUGUCGCAGUGUGCUCGAACACAGCGGAGAGAGUAGCUACGAGUCCCUGCCCGAGAGCAAAACAUUCAAUGACCUGAACAAUCAUUUGGACAAACUGAAUUUGUACAAUUUAGAGGAUUCUAAGACCAAAAAGCCCGCGUUACCAUCACCCGUCACAGUGGAGGCACCCGUGGAGCCUCCGCCACCCGCGCCUAAACCCAAAGUUAACAAUAUCGAAGCCGAGAAGAAUCAGAGGGACUUCAUGCCUUACUCACGACAGAGUCCACUAUCACCGCGCUAUGUUUGCGACGAAGAUGAAUGCAGCAUUCAGUCGUGUCUGAGUCAGUUCACCGCGCUGGAACUACUGACCGGGAACAACAAGGUCGGCUGCGAGACCUGCACCGAGCGGAUCAACGGCAAGGACGGCAAGACCGUGUACACUAACGCUACCAAGCGAUUCCUAGUGUCGAGUCCGCCUGCCAUAUUGAUCCUGCACCUGAAGCGGUUCCAGAUCGGACCGCGCUGCAUGUUCCGGAAGAUGUCGAAGCACGUGGACUUCCCCACCGUGCUGGACCUGGCGCCCUUCUGCGCCAUGGACAAGGUGCGCAAGCUGGCCAACGUGGCGCGCGGCCAGGGCGCGCUGCUGUACUCGCUGUACGGCGUGGUGGAGCACUCGGGCGGCAUGCACGGCGGGCACUACGUGGCCUACGUCAAGGUGCGCGGCCGCGUGCGCGCCGGCGACCCGCGCUGGUGGUUCCUGCCCAGGGGCGCCAACUGCGCGCCCGCCGCCGCCGCCGGGGACGCCGAGCGGGACUCCGACUCCGAGCUGUCGGGCUACGAGUCGGGCGAGGGCGCGUCGGCGGCGGAGCCCCCGCCGGGCAAGUGGUACUUCGUGUCGGACAGCAUGGUGUCGGAGGUCAGCGAGGAGAAGGUGCUGAGGGCGCAGGCCUACCUGCUGUUCUACGAGAGGAUCGUAUAAGCGCCGCGGCACUCCCCACGGCCUAAACUUGUGGAUUGGCAUUUAAGUGGAAGACUGGUAGGAUCGGUUAUAUCGUAGGCGAGUCGCAUGUUGUUACGUUACUGAAGGCGCUGUACAUAGCUUCGUUAUUGUUUACUGGCUUUUUCGUUUAAACUAAAUGUUUGGUGCGCGCUAGCCGUCGCCGCCAUGUGAUUAUGUUAUUAAUGAAUUGUUUAUAUAUAUACGUCAGUAGCGCUGGGUGUGAGCUGUCCUCGUGAGACGGUCCGGUUUGCUCGUUGCUACACUACUCGUUACUAUGGGUGCUACAUAUACACAGUACAUACCCGACUGACGUUAUCUGAUCUGUACAGAAUGAGUGUCACAACCAUCGCUACAGACACAUCCUAAGCUUGUUACUGUUAGUUUUAUAUAAUGAACUUCCAGAAUACUAUUCUUAGUCACAAUGUUCACGGCGAACUCUGUUCUGUAUAAAUUAUGUUUGAAUGGCAUUUGUUUACAUUGCGGUAUAUCUAUGUUGCAAGCUAUGACGAAAUAUUUUGCUAAUAUUAUUGCUGGAAGUACCUUGCACGUGGAUAUAUUAUCAUAUAAUAUUCGCUGCGCUAGAGUAACGACGUAAGUGCUAAACUGCAGGAAUUGACGGGAAGCACGAAACGAUGCACUUACGACGUUAUUCGCCGGGGUAGUGAGUAGUGUUUAUACCGGUCAAUGUAAUUGAUAAAAUUGUUACAUUGAUACAUACGACUAUUUAAACUCAUCUCAUUAAGAUUAAAUGUUUCACCCGAUGUACGUAAAUGGUCGAUGGUUUUCAAGUUUUGUAUUUAUUCUGAUAUUUAUGUUUGUACUAUGUAAUCGUGUUUUUGCUGGAAGUUAUUCUUUGAGGGUCGUUGGAGGUUGUUAGGUGAUCACGGUAGCGGGCACUCCCAGCCUGACUAUGGAUAGUCUUCCAUUGCGGUGUCAAAAGGAAUGUAAGCAUACAUUACAACUCAUACCACAUGCCCCCAUACAUCGGCUGUCGCUUUUAACGAAGUAGAUAAGUUAUUUAUUAUCUGUUAACGAUUACGUCAAUUUUACGACUAUAUCAGACCUAGUUUUAAAGUGAUUUUCUUUUUCAAUGAAAUUCAUAAAUAUAGAUAAUCUCAUAAGAUGUAUAGUUAAUGUUUUAUCUUGAUUACAUUAUUGAUAUUAUCCAAGCAAUCAUUUUACUCGAUUUUAAUGUACUGAAUAGUGUCGGUCGGUGGUUCGUUGUCCUGGAGUGUACCGAGCGUUUUGUAUAUAGUGGGAUAAACAUAGCAAUCUUAGAUCUCCGUGUGAUCUCGGGCUCGUUGGAAUAUUCUAACUUCUAUUUAUUGUAUUAACUUGGUGCCAUUUUGUGAGAAAUGGUUACGUUACCCCAACAUGGUCGCGCCACAUACUGCCUGGUUAAUAAAUAUAAUAAAUAAUUGCUACUAUUUUCACUUAGUUAAGUGAUAAUUGAACUAUCAAUAAAUGAGUUGAAUCAUUUAAUUAAUGGGAGUUAUACUAAUGUUAUUUUAUUCAUAUCAUCCUGUCAUCAUUACGUUGUAGGUUGUACAUACACUUUUUAUAAAAGGUUAGGCUACCUUCGCGGUAACGGCCAAGUCGCACGACUAGUCGGUUCCCGAACACCUAUUUUAUUUUUUAAUCGCAUAUUAAGUUUUAAUACAAGCAUUAUGUAACAUUGAGUGCUCAAUUUAGUUGUUGCUUUUAUCGUGUGCAACUAAUUAUGUUUUAAGGACUUGUUACACUUAUCAUGAAUAUACAUUUGAGAUGAAAAUACUAGAUGCAUACGCAGUUGCUAAUAAAAUUAUGCAACACGAUAGAAAAUCUGCAGUCGAUUGUUUUUGUGUAUUCUGCAAUAAUAAAAUCCUGUGAGAGUCAAAGAACUUUCUGUAAUUAAAUUAAAAUUUCAAACUUCUCUUAUUUAUUUGUAUUCUUUUAUCAUUCAGGAUUUUAUGUGAUCACUACAAUCUGCACUGCUUGUAAAAAUUAAAUUUAAUGUUUAAAAAACCAAAGAAGGUUUUCUUUUAAAUAAUGGUUUAUUCAUUAUUACUUUAAAAUAAAAUUUAAAUAUAGCCUACCUAAGGUAAAGCUAUAUUUUACAAAUAUACUCAUUGAUUGCAAUAUUGUAAAAUAAUAAUAAUAUAAAUUCCCCUACUUUUGAAGUAAGGGUUGCCAGUAAUAAUAAAUAUCUAGUGUUUCCAUUUCAAAUGUUAGCUUUGUAAGUAGUGUUGCAAGUUAUAGAUGAUUUUUACGAUUGCAUUUGACGUUAUUAUGUUAGUCUUCUACCGUUAGAUAGCUUGUGUUAAUUAUUUGAUAUUUUUUGUAUAAUAUUGAAUUCACAAUAACUGAGUUACGAAAAGUGUAUUAAAAUAUAGUUGUAAAAUGUCUUUGGAUUUUUA